AUGCAGAUCUUUGUGAAGACGUUGACUGGGAAGACGAUCACUUUAGAGGUUGAGCCUAGUGACACUAUUGAGAAUGUGAAGGCGAAGAUUCAAGAUAAGGAAGGCAUUCCUCCUGACCAACAACGUUUAAUUUUUGCUGGUAAGCAAUUGGAAGAUGGUCGUACGUUGUCUGACUAUAACAUCCAGAAGGAGUCUACUCUACAUCUUGUUCUGCGUCUACGUGGUGGUAUGCAGAUCUUUGUGAAGACGUUGACUGGGAAGACGAUCACGUUAGAGGUUGAGCCUAGUGACACUAUUGAGAAUGUGAAGGCGAAGAUUCAAGAUAAGGAAGGCAUUCCUCCUGACCAACAACGUUUAAUUUUUGCUGAAUGCAAAUUGAAAUGGUGAAGGUUUUUGUCUAAUUAGAGUCUGCCAUAUAGGUGACAAAUCAAUACCUUCCUUUCUGUUUAAAGCAUCUGUUAAUGUUAAAAUAUGCAGGGCUUCUGAGGUUAAUCUUUGUUUAUGUGUAAGGAAACCCUUCCCUAAUAUGUCAACAUUGUCAAAAUCAAUUUUGUG